CUCAUGAACUAGAUUACAACUUUCCCUACCCUCACGACUUAUGACCGUUCACAUCUUGUAGAGUCGUAUGACCUCACUUCUGAUCUCUUCAAAUAUACGUCAUGACUACACUAUAAGUAGGAGGCGUCAGCACCCUUUUAUGACCAUCAACAACCACCUUACAUCAUGUUCAAGCUUGCACUCCCUAUGCGCGCACGCGCCUUCACCACCGUACGAAGCCUGAGGAAGGAUGGACCCGCCAAAGCAUUCGAGGCAGAUGGCAAAAUUGGAUCACAAUUCAGCGGAAAGGAGGGAUUGAGUAAAGCAGUCGACGAGAACAUUGGUGGGCCUUUCAGCAAGGACGGAGCAAUUGGCAAGCACUUCACUAAGGAAGGUGCUGUAGGUGGCAAGGUCCAAGAAGCGGCUGAGGAGGCUGAUAAGAAGGAUGGUUCCACCAUCGUCCACAAGAAUUUGCCUUAGACAGUGAUGACCUAAUCGAAUGCUCCACCUAUACUAUAUCUACAAUGACUUCUCUUUUGCCUG